AUGGCACAGAAAGCUAAGAAGGACCGCGCCAAGUCCAACGCCGCCGCGCUGAACAACCUCCAUAUCGGUUCUCUCAUCAUCAACGUCUUGUUUCUUCUCGCUCAUUUCCUGUUCCGCAAUCGAUCCCUCUGGCUUUACGUCCUUCUUUCUGUACCAGCGCUCAUCUGCGAGUAUGUUCUCGAGGUUUCCGGCCGACCCAAGUACGACCCGAAUACCAAGGCGCUGCGCACCGCUGGAGAGGAUCUGUCCUCUCCUGGUUUGACCGAGUAUAUGUUUGACGUUAUCUGGGUUACCUGGGCUGCAGUGGUUCUUGUUAUUCUGUUCGGAAACAAAGCUUGGUUCUUGUGGCUUGUCCUUCCGGCUUAUGGCUUGUAUCUGGGGAGUGGUUUGUUUGGUAUGGGAAAGCAGAAGAUGGCCGAGUUCCAGGGAGCCAGUGAUGCUGGUGCUGGUGCUGGUGCUGGUGCAGCUCCCCCAAGCAACCGCAGGGCACGCCGGGCUGCCUAA